GCCCACGCCCAUGCCACACACUCUCACAUUCCAAGAACUCGUCGACGCAUGCAUUGCCUCCAACAGCCACCAUGCGCCUUCCAACCCAAGAACGCCCGCCGAAGAUGACUCGGACGAGGUGGCAAGCUCGACGCUCGACCUGCUCUCGCGCGCCAACCGGGCUGAUCUCUCCAGGCGCGAACUGGUCGGCCUCGAUCACUUCGAGUUGUGCUCGAGUCUCACGGAGUUGUAUCUUGCCUCAAACGCUCUGGUUGAUCUCUCGCCGCUCGCGGUCCUUGCUCCCACACUCCGCGUCCUCGACAUUGCUCACAACGCGAUGACAAGCCUUGCUGAUCUGGCUUGUCUCCAUUCGCUCAUGGUUCUCGACGCCUCGCACAAUACCCUCGCUCCAGUCUCCGAUCCACGAGCCCUGACCGCCCUGCUCCCGCCCAGACUUGUCUCGCUCGACCUCCGCGGCAAUCCGCUGCUUCUCACCCGCCCCGUUGCCGCCGCUGUUGAGGCCGCUCUGCCGCGGCUCGUCGAGCUCAACGGCGUCGCUGUCGUUGAUGACGAGGACGAGGACGAUGAGGAGGACGAGAGAAGCAAUGAUGGCGGUAGAAAUGGCGGGCAAGCCAUGAUCGCAACGCCUCCCGCUCCGGUGCUCGCUCUGGAGUCGCUCGCAGUCAACGAUGUCCUUGACGCCAUUGACAUCGCCGCCGCCGCCGCCCGUGUCCGCGCUGCCGAUGCCAUCUGGGAGGCUCGCACUGCUUCUGCCAGCCGCCGUCGCGGCAUCGCCGAGCAAGCCGCCGCAUACGACGACAACACUGCCGAUCCGGAGCCGGGCAUGCGGAUGGGAAUGAGCAAGCUUGGUGCGCCCAAGACAGGCGGCAAGCUCGGUGCUCCCAAGACGGCUUCCAAGUUUGGCGCCGGUAAGCUCGGCGGUGCCGGGGCAAAGUCGUUUGGCGGCCAACGCCGCCUCCGGCCCACCAAGUCGACCAAGAAGCUGCAGGCGACGGUGUCGCGGACCAAGCCAGUGCCAGUGCCGGUGGCAUCCGGAGCACGGACAGCAGCAGGUGCUGCGGCUGUGUCUGCAUCCGGGCCCGCGUCGGCCGCAGACGGGCCGCCACCGGCCGCUUUGGCUACGGGCGCACCGCCCGCAUCAUCGUCAUCGACAACGGCCCCGCCCUCAUCAUCGGCCGGGGCCGCGCGUGAGAAGAAGGCCAAGAAGGUGUGGACACUCAAUGACUUUGACAUCGGUAAGGCGCUCGGUCGCGGCAAGUUUGGCAACGUCUACCUCGCCCGCGAAAAGUCUCAGCAGUUCAUUGUGGCGCUCAAGGUGCUCUUCAAGUCGCAGCUCUCAAAGGCCAACGUCGAGCACCAGCUCCGCCGUGAAAUCGAGAUUCAGUCUCACCUUCGCCACUCCAACAUCCUUCGUCUCUACGGCUAUUUCCACGACGAGCAGCGGAUCUACCUCAUUCUCGAGUUCGCUGCGCAGGGCGAGCUGUACAAGGAGCUGCAGAAGGUCGGCACGUUCUCAGAGCGGCGCUCGGCAAAGUACAUCUCGCAACUUGCCGACGCCCUCGCCUACUGCCACACCAAGCACGUCAUCCACCGCGACAUCAAGCCUGAGAACCUCCUUCUCUCCAAGAAGGGUGACCUCAAGAUCGCAGACUUUGGCUGGUCCGUCCACGCCCCGCACUCGCGCCGCACCACCCUCUGUGGCACGCUCGACUACCUCUCACCCGAAAUGGUCGAGGGCAAGUACCACGACCACUCGGUUGACAUCUGGUCGCUCGGCGUUUUGAUGUACGAGUUCCUCGUCGGCGUCCCGCCGUUUGAGGCCGAGGGCUCGACAGAAACCUUCCGCCGCAUCGCAAAGGUCGACCUCCACUUUCCGUCGCACGUCUCGCCGCUCGCCCGUGACCUCAUCUCGCGCCUUCUUCAUCGCAACCCCGAGAAGCGCCUCGAGCUGAGCAAGGUCAAGGACCACCCAUGGAUUGUCAUGCACACCCGGACGCGCAAGUCGGUUGCCCCGGCAGCGCCCGUCGUCGCUGCCGAGGCCAGCCAGUAAACACUCACCUGUAUCAUG